AUGGUGCAGAAAAAUCAGCAAACGACUUAUGAUGCAAUCAAGGAGUUGCAGACACAAAUGAGAACCAUGGCAGGUAGAUUGAACCAUUUGGAGACGCAGAAUAGUGGGGAACUCCCUUCUAAACCUCUUAACCCAAAAGAUUCUGUCAACGUUGUGACAUUGAGAAGUGGUACACGAACUGUGCAACCAGAAGAUGCUGAGAAAAAUAAAGACCCUAAGGGGCCGAUUUUGGAGACAGAGAUUACUGACCCUUCCCAAACCAAAGAGGUACCUAAAACAAACUUUAAACCUCCUGUUUCCACUUACGUUCCUCCUUUUCCUUUUCCUCGCAGGAAGAUUCAUGUGAACAUUACACUGAUAGAUGCGAUUAAACAAGUCCCUAAGUAUGCGAGAAUUCUUAAGGACUUGUGCACCAAUAAGCAACGGUUGAUCGGUAAUGAGGUAAUGAAAGUGGGGGAAAAUGCUUCAGCUAUCUUGCAAAAGAAACUCCCACUUAAAUGUAAAGACCCCGGUAGUUUUGAUAUUCAUGUUGUUAUUGGUAACACACAGUUUAAUAAGGCUAUGCUUGAUUUAGGAGCAUCCGUAAAUGUUAUGCCUGUAUUUAUAUAUGAAUCUCUUAAUUUAGGUCCUUUAAAAGAAACCGGAAUUACUUUACAAUUGGCUGACUGUUCUAACGUGUACCCUAGAGGUAUUAUUGAGGAUGUGCUUGUGCAGGUAAACCAGCUAAUUUUUCCAGCGGAUUUCUGUGUGUUGGAGAUGACAGAUGGAUCAACUGACACAUCUCUACCUUUACUUCUUGGACGACCAUUUAUGAGCACAUCUAGAACUAAAAUUGAUGUGCAUGAUGGUUCGUUGACUAUGGAAUUUGAUGGAGAACAAAUGUGCAAUAUGAAUGGGGUGGAUGCGCUUAAAACCGUGUUGACUACACCCAUUGAUGAUGGUUUGGAGUGUGGUGACGAUCCAAAGCUAGAACUGAAACCUCUUCCAGAUCACCUAAAAUACUUGUAUUUAGGUGAUAAAGAGGAGUUACCAGUAAUAGUUUCUAAGGAACUAACUGAAUUGCAGGAACAAAGACUUCUUCGAGUGUUGAGGGAGUACAAAACAACCAUAGGAUGGACAAUUGAUGAUAUCAAGUGA